AUGGGGAAAAAAAAUAUUUUGAGUGUAAAGAAGCAAAGUAUAAAGAAGAAAGAACAAAGAAGAUUAAAACUGGUGCUACAAAACAUAGACAAUGAAUCAAAAAAUGUAAAAGACCCUAUUAAUAGCAUUGAACAGGCUGAUUGCAACAGUUUUGAAACUGGCCAGAAUGAGACUUUUAAUGAAUUAUCUAGUGAUGAAGAAAGUGAAACUGUAAAUGAUGACCACGAGGACAGUGAAAAAGAUAUAAAUGCCAAAAAAGACAUGAUUUUUGAUUUAAAUCUUGAAGACUUUCUUAAAAAAACUAUUACAAAUAUCCCAUUGAAAAGUGUUGAACCCGGUAAUUACGUUCAUAUUGGAAUAAGGAAGCACGUAGAUGCCUUUUUGAACAAGGUUCAAAUAGUGCCAUCAGAAUUAAAAAUAAGACUAAAUAUAGAUGGUCUACCGUUAUACAAAGAUUCAGCUCGUGUUCCUGCAUUAUGGUUAAUACAGGGAGAUUUUUAUGGGAUCGAUGAGUAUCCAUUUAUCAUUGGCUGUUAUGGUGGUGUAACAAAACCCAAAAAUUUCAACGAUUUUCUUAUUCCAACGAUAGAAGAACUGAAAGAAUUAUGUGACUAUGUGUAUAAUGGAUCUAGUGUGAAAAUAAUUUUACAUAACAUUCUUGCCGACGCACCAGCAAAAUCAGCAAUAUUAAAUACAAUAAGCCAUAACGGAUAUUACGCAUGUCCAAAAUGUGAAACUGAAGGAAAACAUAUUGAAAAUAAAAUGAGCUAUCCAGAUUUGGAUGCACCGUUACGGACCAAUAUGUCAUUUCGCAAUCAACUAAAUGAGGAAUACCAUUUUGGACACUCAUCAUUUGAAGAUUUGGAUUACUUUAAUAUGAUAGAAGGUGUAAUGGUGGACUACAUGCACACAGUUCUUUUAGGUGUUACAAAAAAAUUGCUUCGUGUGUGGUUUAUUGAUUCAAAUGCUUUUAAACUGUCAAAUUGCUAUAAAAACGAAAUCAGUAACCAAAUCGCCAUAAUUAAUGAAACAAUACCAAAAGAAUUUCAAAGAAGUUUGAGAAACUUAAAUUACAUAAACCAUUUUAAAGCUACAGAAUUUAGAACAUUUUUACUUUUUCACGGUCCAAUUGUGUUGAAAAAUAUUUUAGAACCCAAUUUAUACAACCAUUUUAAAAAAUUACACGUAGCUAUAAGAAUUUUGUGUGAUAAGAAAUAUUACGUUACAUUUAAUAAUAUUGCAAAAAUUCUCCUCCAAGAAUUUAUUGAAGAUGUGAUUGAAAUAUAUGGUGAAAAAGAGGUUGUUUAUAAUAUUCAUCUCCUGUCACAUUUACCACUAGAAUCUAUAAAAAAUGGCACGUUAGACAACUUCUCAUGCUUUCCAUUCGAGAACCGAAUGAUGUUUGUAAAAAAACUGAUAAAAGCGAACAAUAAUCCGUUACAACAAUUACACAAUCGCUUGGCUGAAUUUGAAUCCUUUACUAUGUACUACAUUGUAAAAUUUACUGAUUCAAAUUCCAUUGGCAUCGUUAAGAAGUCGUGGAUGAUUAGUGAAAAAAGAUGCAAAUAUCCCAAAACUAAAAAAGUGUCCAAAUUAUUAUUAAACCCAAAUGAAUCUGACAAUGAAAAAGCAUGGAAAGAAUUUGACUGUGUUUUAAAAUAUCCAUCCAAAUAUGGAGACUCUGGAAUCGACUGUCUUAAAAAAGCACAAAAGAAAGAAAAAUUCUAUGUCAGUUUCUCAGAUACAGAAGAUUUUCAAGGAAAAAUGAGUAUAAAAAAGUUAAAAAAAAAGCAUCCAAUAUCUCAGGUCACGCAACAAACAAAUUUAAAUCACUUGGUUCCAAUGCAUGUAAAAAUCAAAAAAGAGAGAGUAGUUGGCAAUCAAUCAUCAGAGCAUGUGAAGAAUUAUGUCGAGUCAGAGAUUGAAACUUUUGAAGCUUGUGAAAGCAUUAUUGAAAAUAAUGAGACUACAAUCGAGUUUCAAAACGUUCCAUUCAGUCAAUUUCAUGAAAUUCCUCAAGAAACUGAAAGUUCCAGUCAUGAUCAAGUUCCAGAAGUUGUAGCUGAAAUUAUUCCAAGUAAUUAUUCUAACUCAAUUUUAAUGAACACGGUGAUGCCAAAUGUUAACCGCAUAAUUAAUCAAAACGAGCGAAUUCUAAAAUUGGAUUUAAGAAGUGAAGAGUGA